CCCCACACCGUGGCUGCCCCCGCAGCCUUGUGCUCCGGCCAGACGACACACCCUACAGAUUCCAGGUCAGGUGCAACUGGGAGCAGGUGGGAACCCCAAACCAGCAGCCCUGCUAGAGGGGACUUGUGGAAGGGGGGAGACUGAGUUUGGAGUAGGAAGUGGUGAUGUCAUCACAGGCCUGGGUCCACUGCCCCUCCCCGAAAGGCCUGGACUAUGAGUGUCCUGUGGUAGAAAGACCUGAUUAAGGGGAGAGACCUUUAGUUUCUCUGAGGCCACAACAGGGCCUCCAUAAAGGGUAUAGUACUUGUGGAGGAUUCUGAUGGUUUCUCUGAGAGUCCUUAAGCCCCCGCUCAUGAAUAAGUCUGUGUGGUACCUGAGGACAGGAUCCUGGCAUCUCACUGUGUAUCCCUAAUCACGGUGGAGCUCCCCUGCCUGGCCUCGUGGCUACAACAGGGACCCAGGCAGGGUUUGCUCUCAGUCCUCACCCACAGUCCUCAGCACAGACUGAGUACAUGCAUGACUUGGGCAGGCCCCACCCCACCCCACCAGGCAGUAGGGACUCAGGGAGCCCAGUCAAGGAGGCAGUGCCUGCACUGGGCCCCAAGGGGUGAGCAGAACUCAGUUCCAGGUGGGGAAAAUGGCCAGUGGUCUGUGAAUCUCCAGGCUGUGGGCAGACAGGCAGGUUCUGAGGCACCGCCUGGCCAGCCCACCCCCUUCCCAAGGGAUCUGGGAAGGUGGACAACUCCUGGGGUGGGGAAGGCCCAGGAGGUCCCGGACACCCUGUCCCUGCACCAUACCAGACGCCCUAUUUCUGGACGAGCACCCUGUGGCCAGCUGCUGAACUGGACUAUGGUGAGUGAGGAGGAGUGGGCUCUAACCUGGGACAAGUUCCUAGCACUGUUGCCCUCCCACCCGAGUGAUGCCACAAGGGUCGAGGGGCAGAGAUUUUUCCUCUGCAGCCUGGCCCCCUGUCCUUCCAGCCAUCUACCUGACGAAGAAGAACAUCCGAAAGCAGGGGGCCCUGGUCGGCCACGAGAAGGAACACUAUGACCAGCUACACAGGAAGAUCAACCACACGUGGGACCUGGUGGUGAUGCAGGCCCGAGAGCAACUACGGGCAGCUAAGCAGCGCAGGAAGGGGGACAGGCUGGUCAUUGCAUGUCAGGAGCAGACGUACUGGCUGGUGAACAGGCCCCCGCCAGGUGUCCCCAGCGUCCUGGAGCAGGGUCCAGAGCGCAGUUCCUGCACGGCUGGGCGAGUGCAGAUGACCAAGAAUACGGAGUUCUACAAGCGGGAGAUGGAGCGCUGCAGGAAGGCCCUGACCAGGGCCCGGGUGAAGUCCUCCAUCUGCCUCGAGGCGUACCUGAAGUUCAGCAGCCAGCAUGGGCCACACGACCCCAUCAUGUCAGGGUGCCUGCCCAGCAACCCCUGGGUCACAGAUGAUGACACCUACUGGAUCAUGAAUGCACCCAGCGUGGCUGUGCCCACGAAGCUCCGCGUGGAGCGAUGGGGUUUCAGCUUCCAGGAGCUCUUGGAAGACCCUUUGGGACGGGCCCAUUUCAUGGACUUCCUGAGGACCGAGUUCAGUGGUGAGAAGCCCUAUGCCCUGCUCGAGGGCCCUGGGAGGGCACUGCUGCCGAGGACCCUCCAGGUUUCUGCCAGCCCUGGCCACGGCUCGGGUGGGCCUCACCUGGCGUGUGGACCUCCAGCUGAGAACCUCAGCUUCUGGGAGGCCUGUGAGGAGCUGCGCCACGGAGGGCAGGCCCAGGUCCACGCUAUGGUGGACGCCGUGUACCAGCAGUUUCUGGCCCCUGGUGCUGCCCGCUGGGUCAACAUCGACAGCCGGACGAUGGAGCGGACCCUGGAGGGACUGCAGCAGCCCCACCGCUACGUGCUGGAUGAUGCCCAGCUGCACAUCUACAUGCUGAUGAAGAAGGACUCCUACCCAAGGUUCCUGAAGUCCUCCACAUACAAAGACCUGCUGGCAGAAGCUGUGAUUCCCCCAGAGGCCAAGAGACGGGUGUUCCCGUUUAUGCGGAAGCCGCGGCAUUCAAGCCCCAGCCCUGCUCUCCUUCCUGCCUCCACCUCUGGGGAGCCUGUGGCUGCAGCCAGUGGCCCUGAGUGUGGUGACGGGGGCACCUAGGUGGGCAUAAAGCAGGAGGGGGAAGUGGCCAUCCUCACUGCUUGCCCGGGGUCCUCACAGCUUUGAGAUCCCUGGCGUGGGCGUCCCCUAAUGCCCAGAGGGCCCGCCUUGCCCCUAUGCCCAAGGGCGUCUUGGGCUCCCACCUUUUCCCUUGUCAAGCCCUCCCCUCCCCAGAAGGGGCUGGGCCAGGUGCUGAUUCCCGGGAAGGGGUGUCAUUGAGCUUGGGUCACCUGGGGAAAGGUAGGAUGAGGUGGGUCAAGCAGAUCAGGCCACAUGAAGGCCCUGGCAUUCUGUGGUCUGCAGUUCAUUAAAUCGCUGGCGAAUACCAGGUGGUUUCCAGCAGGGGGCACUUAUCAUGAGGAACCGCAGGCCUCAGGGCAGAUUUAUCCACAGCCCUUGGCCCAUUGUGACCCUGCAGGGACCCCACACCAUGUCCCCAGUUCCGCUGGGGCCGUGCUCAGCCUUCCGACCAGCCCAGAGCUGUCCUCAUGGGUCUUGCCCACACCGUGGCUGUCACUGUGCGUGUCCCAGACCUCAUCCCACAGGGACACCUCCAGCUGGUGUCCUCGAGGCUGGGGCUCCUCUGCCAGAGCUGCACAGACAUGACUCCAGUGUCAUCACCUGUGACAACCGGCCCCGGUCCAUGGCCAGGGCAGGUGGAACCCUUGGGGAAGGGGGUGAUGCCAGACCCAGGGUGAAGUACAGUCACUCCUUUGGGGUGCAGCUCUGUCAGGCCAGAGGGGGGUGCCACCCAUCCCACUCCCACCCACACCUGGCCCAGAAAUAAAAGACCCUUGCCCUCA